CAUGAUGUGAUCCUGACCAUCAAACCGGUACUACGUUCAUAGCAGUAUAUCUUCGCUAGUUGGAACGGGCCACCCUCAACAUACAGGAGACUCAUCAUUUUUUCCGUUGGUCUCUUUGUUGGAUAUACUUUGCGUCUUUCAGCAAUCUGAUUAAGAUGACUAUCAAUUUGUUUGCCAAACAAGUAUCCGGACUGCUCUCGCCCGCCCCUUCGCAGGCGUACCUUGAGGAGAGCUAUGCACCAGAGAUGCUGGCUGCGAUUGGGACGUUAUUUGGAUUGGCGAUGAUAUGCGUGCUGCUACGAGUUUACGUAAGGGUCGUUAUGCUAAAGGUGUUCGGCGUCGAUGAUUGGUUGAUGAUGCUUUCAGCGGUUUUAAGUGUAGCAUGCUUCUCCUCUUUCGCCGCACUCACGCAUGUUGGAGUAGGCCAUCACGUUGAGUACUUCACCUAUGUACGGCCUGAUCACCGGAAGAGAUUCUUCGAGAUAUCAUGGUGGUAUGCCUGGAUACUUGUUGCCGCCUAUUCUAGUAUCAAGAUAUCCAUUGCUUGCUUCCUACUUCGAUUCGCGGAUCAUCGCCGCCAUUGGCAAUGGUCGCUAUAUGCCAUGAUAGUCAUUUUAAUCCUGUUCACCAUUGGAUCCGUUCUCUCAUUGGUAUUGCAAUGUUUACCCAUUCAAGCAGCAUGGGACUUCAAUUUGCGGCCGCCUACAGGAAAUGCAAACUGCUACUCGACCACGACGUUUCGAAAUACUGGCGUCUUCAACUCCGUGUUUAACUUGGCUACUGAUCUCAUCCUCGCUCUAUCACCCAUGCCCAUUAUAUGGAAGAUACAGACAGAUCUACGAACUAAAAUCUCACUAUGCAUCGUCAUGGGACUCGGUCUAUUUACCUGCGGUGUGGCUGCCUACAAGAUACCCCUCCAGUUCCACUUCUUCGAUGAGAAAGAUUUCUUAGGCCGGGGAGCAUGGUAUUACGUCUGGCAACAAACGGAAAUGAACGUUGGAAUUAUCGCAGCUUGUCUACCUACUCUGAAACCCAUAGCUGCCAGCUUUCUCGGCACGGUCAGCGCUCUGACGUCAAGCAAUCGAUAUGCAUCACGACACCCGACUACCGGGCCGUCCCGACCUAACGCCUCAAACGGAUACAUAAGGCAAGCGGAGCGCAGUGGUACACGUUCGUAUGCGAUGAAAGACUUGAAUUGCAGCAACGAGGGUUCACUCAAUGGUAGUGCGAUCGACAAGGAAUACCUCGAGAGUGGAGUAGCACAUACGACGCACAUAGGACGGGUGAGUUGUGCGGCAGGAAGUGAGGAUAGCAUAUUACCCGCCCAGAAAGGGAUUAUGAGGACUGUUGAGGUCGAGGUUUCGUGAUUUUGAUGCGUUAUGGUCACAUCUCACUUCCGGCUGCGAUUGUGGAGACCUAGGUACUGGACGUUGAUGAAAAAAUUCGAAGAAACACCCAAUCAAUUGUAAACAAAGGUUCGGUCGAGAUACUUGGUCGUAUGUGAAAACCACGGGGUGUUCGGAGACCCAUCUACUUGUUGCAUUGUAUUGCCAUGUCCUAGGUACCAUACUUUGGCACCACUACAUCAAAGAGAGAAACUCAACACUUCUUAGGGCAGAG